AGCUGCCGCUGCUGAACGGCUCCAGCCGCGGCUCCUCAUCGAUCUUCCGAUCGGAAAUAAUCCAUAGCCGCAUGGUGACGUCACGCCGCUGAUGCUCAGCGCCCGUGGCAGGGUGCAGCCGGGACGCCAGGAAGCGUUUGACCCCUCCGAAACGCGCAUACGGGAUUAAUUGGACGCAAACAAAGGCAAAGGGGGAAUCAUAAUUGCAAGGAGAAGCGCGAGGACGCGCACGCGGCUGUUUGCUUGUUUGUGACGUCGGCGCGCGCGGCAAUGGAGUAGCUGUCACGGCCGCUUUGCAGGGAGAGGAUGGAUGCGGACUGAGCCAGCUGUGGCCUGCUCCUAUCAGCAACAUCUGGCCGGGGAGUCGCGCGCAGCGGCGGGCGGGGAGCGUCGCUGGCUCUGGUUCUCUGAGGCGGUGUGACCUCGUCCUUGGCUGCCGGGUCAGAGAAGGAGCGUGCAGCAGCCAGACAGAUCUGUGGACGUGGAGGAUAUGGAGGAAGUUGAUGCAGGAGGGGAAGGGCCCAUGGUGGUCAGAGAAGGGCCAAGCCGUCAAGGCCGCCAGUGUGAGUCCAGCGCCGCCACACCAACCACCAACAACCUCCUGGCUUCUGUUAAAGAGCAGGAGCUUCAGUUUGAGCGACUGACCCGCGAGCUGGAGGAGGAGCGGCAGAUUGUGGCGAGCCAGCUUGAGAAGUGCAUGCUGGGAGCUGAGUCACCAGUUGCAGACAGUAGCAGCUCUUCUGAGAAGUCGUAUGCAUGGAGAUCUGCAGGUGGUGAGUCUCAGGGCGUGGCUGCAGACGUAUCAAGUCGCCACCAUGAGGCGGAGGAAGGACUCUACCUGCCUGAAGGGGACCGCGCCUCCCUGCAUGACAGUGAGGGUUCAGGAGGUCACUCAGCCCACAUGACCUCGUUUUCCGACAGCGGGUACCAAGACAGCAGCGUCAGUUAUUACAGCAACCAGAACGUGGUGCGUUCAGAACCCCGAGCCUCAGUAUCAAGAAGCCCCAGAGCAGAAGGUCAAGCUUCGGGGCAGGCGUCCAGUCGGAUGUUAAGGAGAAUGGCUUCCCUCCCCUCCAGGAGCCAGUCACCCGGCUGCGGCACCACCGGAACGGUCUCCCCCUCCCGCAUCUCUAUGCGGACGUCCCAAGGCAGCACAUACGACUCGCCCAUCCUGUCUGAGCCCAAACCCCUUGCUGCCGUCUUCCCUGGCACCCCCAUGCCGCCUUCCUGCCCGUCUCCAACCUCCCCCAGCGACGCCGCCGCGGCCCUGGGAAAUGGAGGAGCGAUGUUAGGCGGGGGGAGACUGGGCUCCACCCUGUCCUUGAUUGAGGGGAGGGCUUUGACAGGGUCACCACUGCGUUCAGGGAUGACGGCGAUGCCUCAGCACUACGGCUCCACGCUCCCCAGACAGAGUCAGUCACUGGCUUAUGGUGCAGAUCCAUACGGCCUGUACCAGAGGAGCGCCCUGCCACGCCCAGACAGCCUCAUAGGGCUGCACAGCUCGUACGCCGGUCACGGGAUGCAGUUAGAUCCAGAGCUGAGGGCCGCCUUGUCACCCGACUGCCAAAUGACGCCUGUUUUCGACGACCGCUCCUUUCAAAGCCCCCUGUACCACAGCCCCACCCACGACCCCCAGGGCUCCCUCUACAGAGCAAACACAGGUAUGGGGACCCUUCCUCGGACCACAAGCCAUUGCGGCACGCUGCCGUACCAAAGAAGCAGCUACGGGCUGAGCUCAGCAGCUGCCUACGUCGACUCCAUCAGGGUGUCCGCGGAGCCUGUGUUCUCCCACCGGCACUCUGCGCUGGUGGACCGAGUCAUCACUCGCACGCCUUCCAUCGAAAGCAUCCACAAGGACCCCAGGGAGUUUGCUUGGCGUGACCCGGAGCUGCCAGAGGUCAUCCACAUGCUGCAGCAUCACUUCCCCUCCGUCCAGGCCAACGCCGCCGCCUACCUGCAGCACCUGUGCUACGGAGACAACAGGGUCAAGGUGGAGGUGUGCCACCUGGGAGGGAUCCAGCACCUGGUGGAUUUAUUGGAUCAUAAGACAUCCGAGGUACAGAAGAGCGCCUGUGGAGCCCUGAGGAACCUGGUAUACGGAAAGGCCACUGACAACAACAAGGUGGCACUGAGGAACUGUGGCGGCGUUCCUGCUCUGCUUCGCCUCCUAAGGAAAACCACAGACAACGAGGUCCGCGAGCUGGUCACCGGAGUCCUGUGGAACCUCUCCUCGUGCGACGCUGUGAAGAUGACCAUCAUCCGCGAUGCCUUGACCACGCUGACCAACACGGUCGUCAUCCCGCACUCCGGCUGGAGCACAGCUUCUCACCGCGACGAGCACAAAGUCAAGUUCCAGUCCUCCAUGCUGCUGCGCAACACCACAGGCUGUCUGAGGAACCUGAGCUCGGCAGGGGAGGAGGCGAGGAGUCAGCUGCGCUGCUGCGAGGGUUUGGUGGACUCGCUGCUGCACAUCCUGAAGGCCUGCGUCAACACUUCGGACUACGACAGCAAGAUUGUGGAAAAUAGCGUCUGCACCCUGAGGAACCUCUCAUACCGCCUGGAGGUGGAGAUGCCCUCCUCCCGUCUCCUUGGUAACCAGGAGCUGGACACCCUGUUAGGUUUCUCCUCACCAGUGAAGGAGCUGGACUACCUGUGCUGGGGGAAGAGAAGGCACGGCCGGAAGAGGGGGGGCUGGCCAGAAGGAAAGUGGGACGGUGCUGGACCCAUCCCAGGUUUCUCCCAGUCUCUGAGGGGAGCAGAGCUGCUCUGGCACCCUGUGGUGGUGAAGCCGUACCUCAACCUGCUGGCUGAGAGCUCCAACCCGGCCACACUGGAGGGCGCCGCCGGCUCGCUGCAGAACCUCUCCGCUGGAAACUGGAAGUUUUCCGCCUACAUCCGAGCUGCUGUGCGUAAAGAAAAAGGUUUGCCCAUCCUGGUGGAGCUGCUGAGGAUGGACAACGACAGGGUGGUCUGCUCUGUCGCCACCGCGCUCAGAAACAUGGCACUGGAUGGCCGCAACAAGGAGCUGAUAGGAAAGUACGCCAUGCGGGACCUGGUGAACCGGCUGCCAGGCAGCACACCCUCUGUGCUGUCUGACGACACUGUAGCAUCGGUCUGCUGCACUCUGCAUGAGGUCACCAGCCGCAACAUGGAGAACGCCAAAGCUCUGGCCGACAGCGGAGGCAUUGAGAAGCUGGUGGACAUCAGCAAAGGUCGAGGGAAAGGGUACUCCAUGAAAGUAGUUAAGGCUGCUGCUCAGGUGUUAAAUACGCUAUGGCAAUACAGAGAGCUGAGGAGUCUAUAUAAACAGGAUGGAUGGAACUACACCCACUUUGUCACCCCGGUUUCCACACUGGAGCGAGACCGGUACCGUUCCCACCCCACCCUGCCUACCAGCCCUCUGCAGAUGUCUCCUGUUAUCCAGUCAGGUGGCAGUGCAACAUCCUCGCCUGCCAUGCUGGGGAUAAGGAGACACAGCUCAAACUACCAGAGGGCGCAGUCAUCUAUGCAACUCGACACAUAUUAUGGAGACAGUUUACACAGACGGCAGUACACAGGGUCAGAUAAGAAAACUCCCUAUUUUAUCGGGACGUACUCCUCUCAGUCAGGAGAGGAUAUAAGAAGAUCACAGCACCCAGAGCCAUUUUAUGACGAACCCGACAGGAAGAACUACAACAGCUACAGAAUGUACCUGUCGUCGCCUCAAGGCUACGGCGAGGAACACUACGAGGACGAGGCGGUCCAUCUGCCUUCCUCUCCUGACGGCUACGCCACCCAGUCGCUCCGAUUUAAAGCCAACACCAACUACGUGGACUUCUACUCCACCACACGGAGGCCUUCAAACAGGGCAAACAAGUUCACUGGGUCCCCCGAUUCAUGGGUGUAGAGACAAAAAAAUAACAUUUUUCCGUGCGUUUCUGUGGAUCGUUGUGCGUGGAGACUGCACUGUACUGUCUGUUUGGGUGAAAAGUUAUGGGUGCAUGUGAAUCUGUUUGAAUCUGUGUUAAAAAUGGGCUGAAGGAUCAGGAUCCUAUCGCUUUUAGCGGCUUGGUUGCUGAAAACAAAUUAUAGCCGUUUUUUAAACCAAUGGACUCAUUUAUUUUAAGCUAAUCAUACCUACCAUUAGGGAUCUUUGGAAAAAUUUAAAUACAUAAAAUAAAUAUAUCUCAUUCCUGACACAUCUUCAGCUACAUUGGUGUGAAAAAGUAUUUCUUUCAGAUCAUCAAACAAGCUUUGAUUUUAGAGAAAGAUAAAGGUUUUAAGAUAAGGAUUUUAGUUGCUAAAGACAACAAAAAGCUUCUCCAAACCUACCUGGCUGUUUGAUUUCAACCUAAUUGGUUGUUUCCUGUCUUUUACAUCAAUACAUAGGUUUUCUUUUUCUUUGCCACACUGGAGUUUUUUGGAACCGGAUCAAGGCCUUAAACUCAAGCUACAGGAUUUUACUAAGCCUCUUAAAAACAUUUACUUUGAAGCAAUUCAGCUGUUAAUUUGCUGGUGAGCUUUGGAUUAACGUCAUGCUACUCAACCCAAGUGUACUUGAGCUAAAGGCCACCAACCGAUGGUGUAGCAUGAUGUGUUUUUAGUUAAAAAUGUGUUGGUUUGACCACACAUGCAGCAGAAAAUUUAACUUUCACGUUUUUAGGAUCAUAUGGAGUUAUUUUUCUAAAUGUAAGACAGGCUUAUUUGUUUUUCUUGAUCUUGGAUCUUCG